AGCUCUGCCUCCCAAGUAGCUAGGAUUAUAGGUAUGAGCCACUGGUGCCUGACUCAAUCCUAUACUUGGAAGGUCAGCUCAGGAAGCAAGAGUGAGGGAGCAGGGGAAGAUGGGAAAGAAAGCCAGUAAGAACCUGUUAUUGUGUUCCUUAGGUAGGCAUGGAACCUCUAGAAGUGUACAGAAUGCCCAAAACAGAAGAGUGGGGCAUGCUAUAUCAUUUGAGGAUUACGCUAGAAGUGUCAAGCCCCUGUAUUUUCCCCUUGCACUUGUAAGGGUUUGAGUGAGGUGCCACAGAUUUUGACAAGGCUUCUUCCACCUUAGCCAAACUCACAGCCAAAGUGACACCAAAAGCAUGCAGGAGAGUUCCUAGAAGUAGUGCUGUAAAUCACCCCAAGAAUAGGGCCAUGUGGGAUUCCAAAGAAGGAAGCACUAGAUGUCAAGGCAAUCGGUCUAAAGUGUUUACAGAAGUGGGCUUACAGAGUAGUCUGUAAUCAUUCUCUUGACACACAGGAAAAAGAAAAGAUGUUCUGUCUACCCUCCUGCCACAAAGGAGUUCAGGGUAUGGAGUUUGUGAGAGUUUCAAGGAAUUUGGUUUAGGGCUGAGGCUAGUUUCUUUCAGUGUUUUUGGCAACAGUGCCUGGCAAUGUUCAAUGUGCAGACUUAGGCUCAAGUCUGCACAAGAAAUGUAGCUGGCCUGGGUCACAGAGUAGUCAAGGCAUUUUGCGUCUCUCAGAUCACAGAAAGUAAGCUGGGGAACUGGGGACUCUGUAAGGCUCGCAGGGAGGAAAGUGGGGAUUCUGCGCAUGUGGGGGGUUUACUGUCAAUAAGUCCAAGUUUGUGUGCAAUUGUCCAUCACAGCUGCAAAUGAAAUCAAAGAGGGGACACAGGGGCACCAAAAGCUAGUCCUGAUGCCAUCGUAGGACACUCCCUCAUCCAUAUCUCCUUCAUUUCCAUUAACUGGCAAAAAGGAAGAGGUGAGAGAGGUGACUACUCCAGGGUCACUGAAGCAAGUUCUGGAGAAUGAAGCCAGCCCAAUAGGAGGAAGAAGGUAAGCAGGAAGGCCAGGGUAAAGGUCAGGAUCCUGAUUAUCCUGGAUCCAUGGGUCAGAAUCAGCUUCUCCCCACACAGCUCCCAGACUCAUUGCCCCACUUCUCAUUUUUUUCAUGCCUUGCCCAAGCUCCCACUGUUUCCCACCCUGAGCAAGUUUCCCCCACUCUCAGCCCAGCCUUUCCCAAAAGCAGCAGCUUAUGGACUUUCCAGUACAUGGCAACACAGUGUGUCAGAUCACAUGUGAUUUAGCUUCUCUGAGGUUAGGAGUCAGACACUGUUCCUAGAAAAUUAUCUCCACAGAAAUAAAAACACAAGGUCACAUUCCAUCUUUUUACAUAGUUCCUAGUUACCCUACACACACACACACACACACACACACACACACACACACUCACAUCACACACACUUCUAGGGAUUUGCUGGGAGUCCUACUUCUACCACCUUAUCUAGGCCCCUCCUCUUACCUCCUCUUGGACUUUGUCCUCAUUAGUGGCCAGGCAGGGGGACCAGAGUCCAGGCUUGACUCAUCUCCCCUCAACACAGCUAAGAUCCCAGCUUCAUAACAGAAAAUAACACUUCAGCCUCAGCACAGCCGAGAAUCAUUCAGCCCAGAAGCCACAGGGAGGCAACUCUCCUACUCCUCUCCACCAUGGACUAUCUCUCAGCCUUGAGCCCCAGUGGCCUACUCAGGUCAGUAUCCAAUAUGAGCUCAGAGUUUGGCCGUAGGGUCUGGACCUCAACUCCACCACCUCAGCGACCUUUCCGUGUCUGUGACCACAAGCGGACAAUCCGGAAAGGUCUGACAGCAGCCACCCGCCAGGAACUGCUAGAUAAGGCACUGGAGACCCUGCUCCUGAGUGGAGUACUAACACUGGUGCUGGAGGAGGAUGGGACUGGCGUGGAAAACGAAGACUUCUUCCAGCUGUUGGAGGAUGACACAUGCCUGAUGGUGCUGGAGCUAGGACAGAGCUGGAGCCCCCCCAGGAGUGGGGUACUGUUAUAUGGCCUGGGCCGAGAGAAGCCAAAGCACAGCAAGGACAUCGCCCGCAUCACCUUUGACAUAUACAAGCAAAAUCCUCGUGACCUCUUUGGCAGCCUGAAUGUAAAAGCCACAUUCUACGGACUCUACUCUAUGAGUUGUGACUUUCAAGGAGUUGGCCCCAAAAAAGUACUCAGGGAGUUCCUUCGUUGGACCUCCACGCUGCUGCAAGGCCUGGGCCAUAUGUUGCUGGGAGUUUCCUCAACCCUUCGCCAUGUAGUGGAGAGGGCUGAGCAGUGGCACCAGCAGGGUCACCUCCAUUCCUACUAAGCAGGGGCUCAGAUAUUUUGUUCCCAGACUUGUUCUGUAAGACACAUUAUGAAGUCUGUAACAGCAUCAGGUUUUGGUACCUGCAGACAGUACAGGAUGGAUAACUCGCCAGAUUUCCCCACUGUCCUCUGACCCUACUGUGACAGAACCUGUCAGCAGACUGCCCUACUCCCCCAGCGUAUACCUUUCCCUAAAGAAUGCUGCACAUCCUAGCCAUACUCCCGCCUCCUACUUACCCUGAAAGGCCACAAGCCAGUCCCCAAGCAUCCUUAUCCCACUCUGACUGCUGCCACAUCUAGAUUCUUACCAACUCCUCUUGUCGCUAAGAUCCCCAGUACACUGAUGACAGCCCUCUCUGAUAUUACCUUAAGAUCUCAAUUUCUUCAUACCUUUCUCCUAAAAACCAAAAACAUCUCUAAUAAAAAUAUAAAAACAUUUAUGCCAAUUAGACUUUUUUUUUUUUUUUUUUUGGAGACAGGGUCUC